AGCUAUCGAGAAUGAAAUCUUAGAGAGCAUAGACUGUGAAGAUGUGAUCAACCAAAUUGCUCUCAAGAAUGCAAGGAGAACUUCUCGAAUUCUCGGCUAGCUUUUACGGUAUGUAAUUAUAACACUUUAAUUUUGUCAUUUAUUUUUUUCUUUUAAUAAUAUUGCGUUAUUUAUUAUUUAGAUAUAAUUAGUUUACAUAUGUGAAUUUUUUAGAUCAUUAAAUAAAAGUUUUUUAGGGCCUUUUUUCUUGUUUCGGCCCAGGCUGAUGAAUCCUCAGGACCGGCCCUGCGCCCGGUCCUGGAGGAGCGGGACGAACGACGCCGAUGUUCUCCGACUUGCCACGGCCCGGUAUCAAGAUGACGGGCACAAAGGCAAGGUGCCCAUUGAUCUUUGGAGGAUUUUGAGCCGUUCACAGAAGUGGCAACAACUCAAUAAUUCUGACGGCGGAUCGUCAAAGAAAAGAUCCUCUGUCGACGCCGAGGUUAAGGUCGAUGACACUAUCGGUUCGUCCGAACAAAGGCCUCCCUUCAACGUUGCGGAUCCUGAUGACGAGGAGCCCAUUCCACGGCCGAUCGGAAGAAAGAAGGCAAAAUCCAUUGCCUUGGGGUUCUACCGGAAGGAGAAGAAGAAAGACAAUGGCGGUUUGCAUUGCGUAGACAUUUACUUCGAGGCCAUUGUAAUAUCCCUUAUUCGAGGUCGAGACAUUCUGCAACUAAUUGAAGUGCUGGGACUGGGUACUGUCUCUAGUUGAAAAGAAUGGUGCGCAGAAGGGUAAUCAUAAGAACCAUAACAACCAAGCUAUAGAGGGCUUGGUUUUGGUGAAAAUGCCCAGGCCGAGCUAGAAAAGGGCUCGGGAAAACAUUGCAAAAGAGGAAAUUGGAUUCAAUUAACAUCGGUUUGUUUGAUUUCACUGAGAAGCUGCUCGAAAUGGAAGCAGAGAGCUUCGAGGAUGAAGCUAAAGAAGAAUCGAAAAUAACAAAUUUGAGAUUGUAGAGCAAAAGGUGAUUUAUUUUAGUUACAUAUCCAGGAGAUGUAGAUUUUUAAUAUACAACAUUAGCAUUUAGUACUACAGUAUUACAAUGUACUCCUUUCUUUGAAUUCAGACAAAUGUUGGUCAUAAAUUGCCUUUGAAUUC